CCUAAUCUGUAUCUAAAUGUAAUAUAAAUAUGUAUGUCAUCCUUUCUUUGUUUUGUAAGAUAAAAAAAAGAGUAAUUUAAUCUUUCGUCUUCACUACGUAUAAUUUACUACGUGCUGCUAUUCAUUUUCGUUUCAUUUUCACAGCUGCGGCAACUAUGAUGAAGAUUGGGAAAAGAGGACUUCAUUAUCUACAGACGUUAAAUAAUGUCCCUAAGAAUUUGAUAGAGAAGGGCCAGAGUAGAGUCAUUGAGGCAUCUCUUACUCUUAUUCGUGAGAGAGCAAAACUUAAAGGAGAGCUAGUCCGGGCGUUGGGUGGUGCUAAAGCUUCAGCGACUCUUCUUGGAGUUCCUCUUGGGCAUAAUUCAUCAUUUUUACAAGGUCCAGCAUUCGCUCCACCAAGGAUUCGAGAGGCCAUCUGGUGUGGAAGCACAAAUUCGAGUACAGAGGAAGGUCAGGAGUUGGCUGACCCUAAAGUCUUAACAGACGUUGGUGAUGUUCCUGUUCAAGAGCUUCGAGAUUGUGGAAUAGAUGAUGACAGAUUGAUGAAUAUUAUCAGUGAGUCUGUCAAAUUAGUAAUGGAAGAAAGUCCAUUGCGCCCCUUAGUAUUAGGAGGUGACCAUUCAAUAUCAUAUCCUGUAGUUAGAGCCGUGUCUGAGAAGCUUGGAGGGCCUGUGGAUGUCCUUCACCUUGAUGCACAUCCCGACAUCUAUGAUUGUUUUGAAGGAAACAAGUAUUCACAUGCAUCUUCUUUUGCCCGAAUUAUGGAAGGUGGUUAUGCUCGCCGGCUCUUGCAGGUUGGCAUUCGGUCAAUAACAAGUGAAGGACGUGAACAAGGGAAAAGAUUUGGAGUUGAGCAAUAUGAAAUGCGAACAUUUUCUAAAGAUCGUCAUUUCUUAGAGAAUCUGAAACUUGGAGAGGGUGUUAAGGGAGUGUAUAUUUCAAUAGACGUGGAUUGUCUUGACCCUGCAUUUGCUCCUGGUGUUUCCCAUAUCGAGCCCGGAGGUCUCUCUUUUCGAGAUGUUCUCAACAUUCUCCACAAUCUUCAAGCUGAUGUUGUUGCUGCAGAUGUGGUCGAGUUCAAUCCACAACGUGAUACUGUUGACGGGAUGACUGCCAUGGUUGCUGCUAAAUUGGUCAGAGAGUUAACUGCAAAAAUAUCAAAGUAGAUACUCUCACAAGGCAUGGAUCAGUUUUCAUGUUUGAUCUUUGUGACAUCUGAAAGGUGAGUUUCGUUUGUCCAUUAUCAACUUGGUUGACCAAAUCUUCUGCAGUCUAGAGCUGUUCAAUAAUUCAAUUGUAACUUGAUGACAGUCAUUCAGUCAGUUUCUUGUUGGAAUAUAUCUGAAGAACUCUGAUUGAUUGAUAUAGUUCAAACCAUCUUUAUAACUAAUUAUGCUUGCCCUAGUUUAAAUAAAAGGUUAUAAACUUUAGUCCGUU